CGUUGCUGGUCGGUCACAUGCUUCGCUUACUUCCUGUGUCUCCUCUUUUCGACCUUCGCAGACACCAUGGAGGAGUACACUCGGGAGCCCUGUCCUUGGAGGAUUGUGGACGACUGUGGUGGUGCCUUUACCAUGGGCAUCAUUGGAGGAGGCAUUUUUCAGGCCAUCAAAGGAUUCAGGAACUCUCCUCAGGGUGUUAAGCACCGUAUGAAGGGCAGUUUUAUUGCUAUACGAACUCGGGCCCCACAGCUUGGAGGUAGUUUUGCAGUAUGGGGCGGUUUAUUCUCUAUGAUAGAUUGCAGUAUGGUUAAAAUACGGGGAAAGGAAGAUCCCUGGAAUUCUAUCACUAGUGGAGCUAUGACCGGGGCGAUUUUGGCUGCCAGAAAUGGUCCUGUUGCCAUGGUGGGCUCUGCUGCAAUGGGUGGAAUACUUUUAGCCUUGAUAGAAGGAGCAGGAAUCCUACUCACACGAUUUGCCUCUUCACAGUUUGUAAAUGGUCCACCAAUACCAGAGGACUCAACCCAGCUGAGCCCAGCAUCCCCCUUUGGAAGUUACCAGCAAUACCAGUGAAUGACUGAUAUCAAAGACUCUGGAUCAAUUACCAUCAUGCCCUGUGCACAUUUGGAUCCUUUGGCUACUACUAAGUUAUGGUUGUGACUAUGAAUGCAUGGACUACGAAGGGACUUGGGACACAAACAAGUUCUAUAUAACUUAUAUAGUUAGGCUCAUCUAAUGAGGGCUACAAAAUGAUAUGGAGGUAUUAGUUCUCCAUUCACAGGUUUCGCCCACGAAUAUUUCAAGUAUUCUUAUAAAUAAUGUAUACUUGAUUUUAUGUUGACCCUACCAAACAUAUACGAUCAAACGCUCUUUAAGCCUAAAUUCGGCAUUUAUUCUUCUUGAGAUGUAAAACUGAAAAAGCUCAGCAGUUUUAAACUAUUGUUGCAAGAAAAUCUGGCAUUUCUGUACACUAUAGGUCGGUAUCAUUUAUAUUUUGUAUCCAAUGGAUAUUGUGCUGUACACAGUUUGCCGCAUGUUUCAGAUUGACAUGGCUAUGUUCCAAUACUAAAGUACCAUGUUGGUGUUUCAAAGUUCCUGUAUGAUUUCUUUAAAUGAUGUUGAUGCAUACUUUUUAUAUGACACCUUGUAGCCAUGGUUUUAUGGACGCAUUCAACCUAGGACAAACAAAAGCAUUGAAGCCAUACAUAUAUUAUGUUCACUGUUUUAAUUUGUACAUUUUCUUACAACUUCAUAAAUGGCCUUUUCAACAGUUAGGAAACUGUCAACUGUUGUGGGUAAAAAAAUAGAUUGAACGGUCGCAUAAUAUAAAGUUAGAGACUAUUUGAAAAUG